AUGAUCAAAUAUAUUUUAAAUUUAAAAAAUAAAAUAAAAAAAAGAUUAAGAUUAUGUUUAAGACAUAAUUUACCUUUAAAAUAUUAUUGUGAAACUUACGAAGAAUUAAUUUGUGAUUAAUGUACAAUAUAAGGUCCACAUAAUACUCAAGUUAUAAAAUAAAAAAUAAAUAAUAAAAUAUAUAUAUAAUAGUUACAUAGAAUAAGUACUUUAUAAGACGCAUUUAAUAGAAGAGCCUCAAAAAUAAGUUACGCAAUCGAAAACAAUUUAGUAGAAAAAAGCAAAUUAUUAAAAGCCUAACUUCAUAGAGUUGAAUAUAGAAUGGAAGAAAUUUAAUAUAUAACAUCUAUAAUAGAAAGAGACUCAAGAGUUGAAUUUGGUGGAAUUUUAGAGCGUUUAAAUAAUGCCGAAGGGACUAAAUUAUCUUUACUUUUAUAUGAUAUUGAAUAAUUAUAAAGAUUUCUUAAUAAAAUAAAUGAAUUAGGUUAAUCUUUUUAUGAUUUAACUAAAGAACCAGUUAAUUAUAUCCCAUUUUUAAGACAAGCUAGGAAAAUAUGGGAAGAUUGCAAUCAAUAUAUUUAAAAACCUAUAUAGACUUAAAUUAAUGUUUAUCCUUAUGAUUUACCUAAAGAAUUUUAAGAAAUAAAAGCUUAACUUAAAUAAAUUGACGCUAAUGAUGCUUUGAUUAAUUUAAAAGAUGAAAUUAUAUGGAAACUUAUUUAAGAAGGAAAUGAAAAAGAAAGUUUUAAAAGUGUUUAGGAAUUUGAAGAAUAAAUGAAUAACGAAAUUUAAGAAUGGGCCAAAUUAGCUGAAGUUUAAACUGAAAAAUUAUAAAAAUUUUAAUUAGUUUGCUCUUUUUGUAAUAAAAAUUUAGAAGAAAAAAAUGUUAAUAAAUCUUGUUCAGAAAAUAAAAAUCCGUAUAAUCCUUCAUGUAAUUGA